AUGAGUGAGAUUUGGAAUCAAUUAAAGUGCCUAAUUACUAAUCAAGAUCUCAAUACUAUUAAACAUUUCCCACAACCUACCACUACUACCACUCAACAAAUCGAUUGCUUAUCAAUUUUAAAUUAUCCAUUUAUUCCAACUUUAUUACUAAAUUAUUGGAAUCGGAAAACUUAUCUGGAAAAGAAAUCUUUACUUUUACAAAUUUCAUUGAUACUAUCAAUUUCUUUAUAUAUUCUUACCCCUUCAUUACCAUUUUACAAACAAAAACCCAUGUUUUCCAAACGUCCAGACAAACAUACCACUGGUUUUAUCAAUUUACGAAAUGACUGUUUCGCCAAUUCCUCGUUGCAGGCAUAUUCAUCUGUGCCUUCAUUGACGGAUUAUUUGAACAAGUUUAUUGCUAGUUACCGUCAAUUGGUUGAAUUUGUUAAACUGAACAAUAUCGACAUUCAAGAAUUAAUCAACUUACGUUUGGAAUUAAAUAAAAAUUUGCAGAAUUCAAAAUUCAAACGGUCAAAUUCUACAUUUGAAGUACCUUUGCAUAUGGCCAUGGCAUCGAUGGUGAAAAAACUACAAGAAACAGAAAUGACAACCAGAACUAUAAGUGUUUGGACUUUUCUUCACGAAUUAGAAAACAUUUUCAACGCCAAAAUGUCUAGAUCUCAACAUGAUGCUCAUGAAUUAACUCAAUUAAUUAAUGAAACUUUAGAAAAUGAAAACUUGAAAUUUAAAAGUUUUGUGAGAUUUAUUACUUUGAACUUGGAAACUAUUUUGAAAAGAAUCCCUGACCCACAAGAUUAUGCUCAAUUAGAUAAAAUUGUUGUACCUGAAUUCCCAUUUGACGGGUUGAUUUUGAGUCAAAUGACUUGUUUGACCUGUCAUGGAGUUUCCCAACCAAAUUUCACACCAUUUGUUAUACUUACAUUGCCAGUGCCUAUGACCACCACCACUAAUUUGGAAACAUUAUUGGAACAAAACGAAAGUGAACAAAUUGAAGGUUAUCAAUGUAUUAAAUGUCGAGUUAGUAAAAUUGCCAUGAAUGAAGAGCAUUUGAAACGUCAAAUUCCAUUGGAAGAUGUGGAUUAUAUUAACAAGAUUAUUGGGUUAAAUAACAACCCAAAUUUGUGCAUUAAUGAAGAUUUACCUGAAGAUUUAGAGAACUUUAUCAAGAAUUAUAAUGUUGAAGGGAUUGAUGCUUCAAGAAUCACUUCGACAGUUCAGAAAAAAUCACAAAUUUUGAAACCUCCAAAAAUAUUUGGAUUGCAUCUUUCACGUUCUUCUUUCGAUGGCCAAGUAGUAACUAGAAAUUCAUGUCGAGUCAAGUUUUCAGAUAAAAUGACAUUAUCAAUAGGUAAAGAGUAUCAUGAUAAAUUAAAGCAAUUUCAAACUAUGGUGCAAAAAGAAGACGAAAAGUUGAGAGAAAAAUAUACGUCUAAUGUCUUGACCACAGAUGAGAAUGAUAUGGAAGACGAAGAUGUACAAAGAGAAGAUAUUGAUGAGAAGGGGGAAGAAGAUGACGAUGAAGAUGACGAAGAUGUUACAACCGAUGAUGGCACUGCUACAGAAAACGGUACAGAUGAUUUAGAUGAUGAGACAGAUGAAGAAGAAGAAGAAGAUGAUGAUGAUAUUUCGUCUGUUAUGUCUAGAGAAACUGAAACUCAAUCAGUCACUACUUCUAGUACCAUCAGACCAAAUUCUGGACCAACUGGUCUGUCUCAAGAAUACUCAAUAAAUCUGGCUCCAAUUUCUCAUAAGCAAACUGAUAAUUUGAAAGAACUUUUCAAACGAUUCAAAUUUAAUGAUAAUGAUUUGUACAAGUAUCGUUUGAGAGCUGUUAUUAAACAUAUGGGAUCACAUACUCAGGGUCAUUAUGAAUGUUACAAGCAUAAACCACUUUAUGUGAAAGACAAAAAUGGUAACAUUUUCAAAUUAUCACCAGAGAUUAAAGAUGAAUUAACUGGUGAAAUUCAUUGUGAAGCCACUCCUGUUGAACUGAAUCCUGCUCAGUCCAAUGCUAAUAAUGGUUCAGCUACAAUGCGUUCGUCUAGUAGUGGUUCAAGUGAAAAUGAUGAAGGGUUCCGUCACAAGUUUUCAACCAUGAUGGGUCGUAGACCUUCUGUAUUCCAAGCUAAUCCGACUGGCGUGGAAGAAAUCUUACUGUCUGGUUUACAAACUCCAGCUGAAAUUUUGGUGGACGAUCCUAAUCAAAACAAUUUCGAAAAUGCUUUUGCUACUCAUAAUUUUAGAGAUGCAUUCAACGGCAAUAAAGAUACUGCCACCAAUAAAAAACAAGAAGAGGAAAAGAAAGUGAAAAUGAAAAAAAUUCCUUCAAUCAUUUCUAAACCUUAUUGGAGAAUUAGUGAUGCUACUGUCACUGAAGUUAGUAAGGCUUCUGUAUUAGCUGAGGAAACUACAGUUUAUAUGUUGUACUAUGAAAGAGUUGACAGGAAACAAAUUAAACGUCAUCAUGGUUAG